AUGACAAUCGGAACAGCUCUAAUUUAUGAUGAAGAGAUGACCAAAUACAAACUGCUCUGGGUUGAUCCAGCAUGUAAGAUUGAAGUACCUGAGCGACUGACGGUGAGUUAUGAAGCUUUGGUAAGGAAUGCACUCGCCGAUCGCUGCGUCUCUGUACCUGUUCGUGAAGCCACGGACACAGAGAUCCUGCUGGUCCACAGUGAAGAAUACCUGGAGGCAGUGAAGAAGACUCCUUCCAUGAGUCUGGAGGACUUAAAGGAGUUCACCCUUCAGUACGGAGAUGUCUAUUUUCACCCUAACAUUUAUCACUGUGCCAAACUGGCUGCAGGCUCUGCUCUGCAACUGGUGGACUGGGUUAUGACGAAGCGGGUCAGGAAUGGGAUGGCUCUGGUCAGACCACCAGGACACCACAGUCAGCGCAGUGCUGCUAAUGGUUUCUGUGUUUUCAACAAUGUGGCCAUAGCAGCCCGAUAUGCACAGCAGAAAUAUGGAGUCAAAAGGGUGUUGAUUGUAGACUGGGACAUUCAUCAUGGCCAAGGAGUGCAGUAUUGCUUUGAAGACGAUCCAAACGUUCUCUACUUUUCUUGGCAUCGCUAUGAACAUCAAAACUUUUGGCCCCAGCUCAGAGAGUCAAACUAUGACAGUGUUGGCAAAGAGAAGGGAGCAGGGUUUAACAUCAAUGUGCCAUGGAACCAGGUGGGAAUGAAAAACAGCGACUAUCUGUCCGUCUUCUGCCACAUUCUUCUGCCAGUCGCAUAUGAGUUUUGUCCUGACUUGGUCUUGGUGUGUGCUGGCUUUGACUCAGCCAUUGGAGAUCCAGAGGGGGAAAUGUGUGCCACUCCAGAAAUCUUUGCCCACCUGACACAUCUUCUGAUGAACCUAGCUGAAGGAAAACUGUGUGUCGUUCUGGAGGGAGGAUACAAUUUGACUUCCCUUGCUCAGUCUGUGUGUCAGACAGUUCAGACAUUACUUGGAGAUCCUUUACCUCAGCUCGCAGAUCUCAGCUGUCCCUACAGAAGUGCACUCGAGUCUCUUCAGUGUGUCCGAUCAGCCCACAGGCAGUACUGGUCCUGCCUCAAACAUGCAGCCGGGCUGCCUCCUGCUCAUAUUAGCACCAAACGUAUUAAAUCAGUAGAAGGCGAAGCAAAGACAGAAACUGGAGAGGACGAAAAAAGCACAGAGGAGAAUGUUUGGCCUGAACCUCCGAAGCGUUUCUCUCCGACUGUUCGUGCUGCUUCGGUGCUUUCCGAUGAUGUGACUUGUCCCGACAGAUGUAAACGCCUCAACGCCAACCAGGAUGUUGAUCCACUCAUAGUCAGCAAACUGAAGGAUAGUUUCAUCAGCGAUGCAGGUGGCUGUGACACUCUCGCUAGAGUUAUCACACUGGUGGAGAAAAUGGUGCAGAAUGAGAUCCGCAGUGGCUUGGCGCUGGUUUGUGAUGUCACCAUGGCGAUUACAUGUGUUGUCCAACAUGUUACACCUGAUCUCAACAACCGGGUUCUGAUCGUGUACGUCGGUAAUGGAACCGUCCCUGAUCACAUUGCCAGAGAUGGGAAAACACUUGUGGUGCAGAUCACCAGUGGAAACAAACAGGAACAAAAGAGCAAAUAUUAUAUUCCAGUGUGUCUGAAGAAUGGUUGCAGUGACACCUCAGGAUUCAUGCAUGCUGUUUUUAGCCUCCUUUUACCUCUGGGAUAUGAGUACAACCCCAACCUUGUCCUUCUGGUCCGGAUGCCAGAUAGUGACGUGUGUGAUGGCGUGUGGCAGCACCUAACUGGUUUUCUUCAGAGCUUCGCUAAAGGUCACACUUUGGUGCUGCUGCAGGAGAACGAGAAGGCGUGUGUGAGCCCUACAGCUUCCAUCCUCCUCGGGGACCCUGCACCCCCUCUAGAAAACCUUCAGGCCCCAAACAAAGAUGAUCUAAAUGUUAUGGAGACACUGAGAGAUAGACUGCAGCUUAACUGGAAACUCCUGCAGACAAUCAGUGAAAGCACUGCAGCAGCAGUUCAGCAGUAAAUAGCAACAAAAA